CCUCAUCAUGGUUCAAAACAAGAGCCUGAUCUUCAAAAGCGUGCCGAUCCAUGCACCGGUUCCAGAUGUGCACCUAGGCAUCGAGGAGCGGAAAUUCGAUGUUGCGCAGGAUCCGCCUCAUGGAGGGGUAACCGGCAAGACGCUCUAUGUCAGCCUCGACCCUUACAUGAGAGGCCGGAUGCGGACUGCAGAGGCGAAAUCAUACUCUCCCGCAUACACCCUCGGUGAGCCGAUGACUGCGUACGCCCUGGUCCAAGUCAUCAAAUCCGACAACGGCAAAUACACCAGAGGAGACAUUGUGUACGGCCAAUUCCCGGUAGCGGAAUAUAGCGCCAUACCUGACGAACUCCUCUCGCGAGACCUCGUCCGCAAAGCCCACCCCAUUCCCAACGCGCCGCUAUCCAAUUGGCUUAGUCUACUAGGUUCGACUGGUCUGACAGCGUUCUCCAGUCUCUAUGAGCUUGGAGCGCCAAAAAGGGGAGAAACCAUCUUCGUCUCGUCAGCCGCCGGUGCUGUCGGGCUUUUUGUCGGCCAGAUUGCCAGGAUCGAGGGUUUGACGGUUAUUGGUAGUGUCGGCGAUGAUACAAAGCUGAGUCUUAUCAAGGAGGUGGGUUUUGAUGAUGGCUUCAAUUAUAAAAAGGAGAAGGCAGCGGACGCUUUGCGACGACUGGCACCCCAAGGGAUCGACAUCUACUAUGACAACGUUGGAGGCGAGCAACUUGAGGCCGCCCUUGGUUCUAUGAACAACUUUGGGAGACUCAUUGAAUGUGGCAUGAUAUCUCAGUACAACAAACCUCUGGCUGAGCAGUAUGGCGUGAAGGGUCUAUUCAACAUCGUCUCGAAGCGACUUAAAAUGGAAGGCUUCAUCGUUACGGACCCACGUUUCGGUCCCAGAUGGCGUCAACUCAGGGACGAGAAAAUGCUCCAAUGGCUCAAAGAUGGCAAGAUUCGAAGCAUAGAACACAUCACCGAAGGGAUUGAAAACGCUGCACAGGCCUUUGUCGAUAUGCUUGAGAGCAACAGAGCAGUGGGAAAGGCAAUCUUAAAGGUAGCAGAUCCAGAGUAACGGACUUCAUACUUGACCAGGCCGUUUCCUAUACGCAAUCC